AUGAGCUCCCAGAGGACACACUGGAUGGUCACGCUACAGGAGGUUUUCUACCCUGCUCUCGCUACCGUGGGCAUCCCCUCCAAUACAAUCACCUUUCUGAUUAUCUGGAGGAGGAACUGCAUGCUGUCCAGGUCCAGCACCUUCUAUCUGAUGGCCAUCUCAGUGGCUGACAACCUAGUCCUGAUCUUCAUUGUGAUUCUUGAGCUUUCUGUGAAGUACCACCAGCAGGACCCGUUCUGGAGUUAUGAUCCAUGGUGUGGCCUGAGGGAUGUUUUUAACUACGGAGCCUUCAAUGCCUCGACGUGGCUGGUGGUUAUGUUCACAGUGGAACGCUUCAUUUCCAUCCACACAUGGAAAUUGAAAACCAAAAUCUGCACCCCAAGAUGUGCAGCUCAGACCAUAGCUGGAGUCUUCCUUAUUAGUCAUGUCUUUGCUAUUCCACACUACUGGUCUAACGCCUCAGUCUCUGAGAACAAUCAGACUAGAUGUGUUUACAAACCAGAGGCCUCGUUUCAGUUCAUUUACAUCCUCGUGGGCUUUCAGACCCUCCUGGCGUACAUACUGCCCUUCCUCAUCAUCCUCACACUGAAUGGGUUGACUCUGCGUCUUAUAUCUCUCACCAACCGGGUUCACAUCACCGCAGGUUUGACCUCCAGGGUUCAUAAGGUCAAACCCUUGAUGCGCUCCAGAAAGAGGAAAUCUGUCGUGCUUCUGGUGACUGUGUCCAUGACUUUUGUUCUGCUGUCUAUCACCCGUGCUAUAACACAGAUCAUCCUCCGCACCAAAGACAUGUACACUAUGGAUCGUGACGACUACACCCAGACAAUAAAUACAGCAGCUGACAUAGGCACUAUGCUGAGUCUAAGCAACGCUGCAGCCAACAUGUACCUGUACGUCUGCACACAGUCCAAAUUUCGCCAAGAAUUUGUUGCCUGCAUUAGACAAGUGUCCCUCUGUUGCAAAAAACAUCGCUAA